AUGAAGUUAAACAUUCUCGUGAAGAACAGCUUCGAGGCUCAAACUGUUACCUUAACCGGUCGUGGUGUCGAGAAAACUCUGAAUAUAAUAGAUCCGGUUAUUCGAUUUUUACCAGUGGUCCCUUAUACGUACAUUCAGGAGGUUCUGUUCACCAUCGAGAAUCCUUGCGAUUAUCCGGUUGAAUUUUUCUGGCAUCAUUUGGACGACUCUUUCCAGGUGGAGGAUCAAGUCAUAAAGGCGUUAUUGGAUUAUUACCGAGUCGAGGAAAUACUCUUGCCCCCUAGAAUGCCUGGCGAAUCGUUGCCCGCGAAUUUAAUAAAGUUUUACUACGAUCUGGUCGAUGGUAUGUCCCGUGUUCGAUCGAUCGAGCGAUUCGAGGAGGCGGAACAUUUGGAGAACGUGGAUGAACACGGCAACAAGACGAGUUACGCGGAAAGUCUGCACGACACUUCAAACUUCCGGGAUAAAAUGGGAGAUCCCGUGAGAGAACUUUUCGAGAGUAUCGAGCGGAAAUCCAACCCGUUGAACGAUCUUCCGGACCCGGCGAAGUCGACGAAGAAAGUCUGCAUUAUUUUCCACGGAGCUCCUUUCACCAAUUACCAAGAGACAGCUUGCAGAAGCGCGAGAAUGUUACAAGUUCCUGUACUCUCCAUCGACAAGGCGAUCACAGAGGCCAUAGCUCUGGGUAGAAACGACUAUUCGAUUGCACUGCGAGAAAUCAUCGAUGAAGCGUAUCAAAGAUACACAGAAGCUUACGAGACAUACAAGGAACGUUUAGACGUCCAAUCAGCUCGCCAAACCAACGAGACCGAUUCCAAUACGACCAGAAGUGAACCAAAAGAAAAACGAAAUCGCCGCGCCAAGAUGAAAUCUCCCGUCAGCGAGAAAUCGGUUUCUCGAAAAGGAAAAUCGAAAAAAGCCGCUGAAACUGAAGUAUCGAACGCACAGGAAAAAGUAAUCCUUCUGCGACUUCCCGAGGAGCCGGAUCCUUUGAUGGAAUUCAAUAAAGUUCCUACAGCAGAGAGACUAGAAACGUUGGAUCCUUUGAGUCGAUACGAGUACAAGAUCCAGGCUAUUCUGCAAUUAGAAAGAAUACUAGGACUUAACACGACUGCGAACAAAUCCCCGCGGGAUAAAACCAACGCGAAGACAGUCGAAAAAAGUGCCAGAAAAAAGGUGCACGAUACGUUCCCUGGAAUCAGCCUUGACAUGCUCGUCGAAGCUCUCGCGAAACGGCUAUCCGAGGAGGACUUUAAACGCGGAUUCGUCCUGGAAUCGUUAGAGAACAACUUCUUGCGCAACAGCCCCGUCGAAACUCUGCUGAUUCUGUUGAGGAUUGUUGGUCACGUAGAGUACUUCCUGUUCGUCACGUUCCUCAACACGAUGGCCAAUUACAAUCGUAAAGUCGACGAGCUACGCCAGGAGUACGAGAGGACGAUCGGUCUCAGCAAACGGAUCCAGGACAUCGACGAGAUGUCGUUGUCCGAGUACGAUCUGCUCGACGACGAUGAUAAGAAGAUGUAUCUGAAAGCAAUUCUGCCAGCUAAAAGGGAGAAGGCAUCGCUUAGACGAGCUCGAUUUGCCGAACGGAUGAUGGAGCGCGGAAAGAAAAAGGAGGUCCGUGGCCAUGUUUCGAGAUCAAAGACACCCAAGGGAAAAGGAAAAGAAAAGUCGACGAAGCGCAAGCAGACAGGCAAUAAAAGGUCCGCGAGCUCGAAGCCGGCCUCCAGCAAACGAGAGACAACCAGCGGAAGAACGAAGAGCAAGGACAGCUCGAGACGCGGUAAGAUCCGCUUGAGAGACAGUCUGGAGGAUGAAAUUGAGGAAGUAAGAACGGCAAGGGAAAUGUCCCGAGCCAAUUUGAGCGGGACAAGAGUGAAACUACGAGCCGUGAUAUUUGCAGAUUCAAUUAAAUUACAGUGA